GCUCACUAUGAUGCAGAUAUCUGACUCCUACAACCAGAAGAACUCUCUGUUCAACGCCAUGAACCGCUUCAUCGGUGCCGUCAACAACAUGGACCAGACAGUGAUGGUGCCCAGCCUGCUGCGGGACGUCCCGCUGGACGACGGCGGUGGUGGCGAUGACGUGAAGGCGGUGAGGACCCCUGGCAGCACCGCCCCCGCCGCCAACGGCACCGCCUACUUCCACCAGGACGCCGACAUGUACAGCUCGUACGUCCUGCUCAAGUCCAUCCGCAACGACAUCGAGUGGGGCGUCCUACAGGGCGACGGGCGGGGGAAGGAGCGGGCGGGCGUGAUGGAGGUGCCGCGGCCGGAGGCGGAGGAGGACGACCUGGAGAAACAGUUCCACUACCACCUGAACGGACUCCACACGGUUCUGUCCAAACUGACCCGCAAAGCCAACACGCUGACGAACCGCUACAAGGAGGAGAUCGGCUGCAGGAACUGACCCAGGACCAGGUCCUUUAAACAAGUCCCAGAAAAGGGAUCAGCUCAUUAACCACAGAUACCGCACCAACACCAGGGAACAACAACCAGACCUGGAACUCACUCUGUCCUGUCAGUCCAGACCAUUUCAGACCUGAGUCCAGUUCAGCCUCCACAGCUCCUGGUGCUGGUUCUGCUCCAGGUCUUUGUCUAAACCUGUGGUUUCCAACCUUUUUGACCUCUGACCCCUGAAAACAAAGUGACUCCUCACAGGAUCAGUCCUGGACCUCUACCAGACCACAGUGAACAGUCAGACGAGGAAAUGAAACCAAACCAGGAGCUACAGGUCUGAACAGAACCUGGUCCAGAGUGUUUGACACCAGCACUUCCUGGACAUGUUCACUGACUUCAGUUCAUCUCUGUUAGACAAGUUAAAGAGUGAGACCUGCUGCAGGUUCAGCUCACAGCUCAGCUUUGUACGAGGUUGACUCUAUGAUAAAGAUCAGCAGCAGAAUACCAAACAUUAAAGGUCAAAGCGUCCUUGAACGCACCACCAAGGAGUUCUCUAAUCAGUGCUGUUGAGAUAAGCUGCUGUGAGUCCAGGUCUCUGAGGGUCUACAGAGGACUGUGGUCUGUGGUUCAUGAGCUGAGGUUGAGGGUCAGAGGUUGGACCCAGGAGCUGCUGAUGCUGUUUGUUUGCACUGUGUGUUUUCAGGGUGUGUGUGGUGUGUGUGUGUGUGUGUGUGUGUGUGUCCUCUUCAUUUCACGCUGUCAAUUCAAAACUAUGCAAACGCACUGAGACCAGCUGACGGUCUCUGACCCGCCACGAUCCAGGAAACGGACACAUGACCACACCAAUCACAGAGUGAUCGGCCAACAUUCAUCAAUGUUUCCAUCACUGAUCAAUCAGCACAACGUGAUCAAUAAUGAACUGUCAAUAAUGAAAGAAAUCAGAGGAUCUAAACUGUUGCUGGGUAAAUUUCCUGACAGUGGUAAAAACCUGUUGGACUGAUUUCAUUGGCUCGUUAACCUGCAGCUCAUUCAGAACUCCAGCUAGAUUUUCCUCAAUUUAAAAAAACAGCAGAAUGUGUGAAGAUGAACGAGGCGUCGUCUUUAUGGUCCAGCACUGAGACGAGCUGUGAUGACAGAGAGGACACUGUUUGAACACGAUGAUUCAGCACAGCUAUGCACUUUUCUAUUUCAUGUCCAGCUUGGUGAUUAAAGGUUUUGAUGAGUA